AUGCUUGCUAGAGAUUUUGUAAAAGGAUUCUGCACUAGGAGACUUCCUUGCGGUAACUCAAGGAGAAGUUUUGUUGGUUUCAUUGAUAGUGGUAGUACAGUACAGAAGCUUUCUAUAAAAAAGUUGUUCAAUUCACCGGCCAAGAAUGUGUAUGAUAUAGUAUCAGAUAUCUCAAAAUAUCAAGAGUUUGUUCCAUACUGUAAAGAAUCAUUUGUAAGUGGAAUUGACCCUACUCAUAGAACCCCUGUUGAAGCCGGCUUGAGAAUACAAUUCCAAAAUUACGAUGAACAAGUUCUAUGUAAAGUUCAGUGCUCAGAUAAUAAAAAUGAUGUCUUAUCGAUUGUUGCAGAAUGUAAAGAGGACACUCUUUUUGAGACAUUAAGAACCAGUUGGCGAAUUUCACCUCACCCGGAAAAUUAUGAAGCUUCUAAUGUAGAACUCUGUCUACAAUUCAAAUUUAGGUCGCUGCUAUAUCAAAACUUGUCGAUGUUAUUUGGCCAAAAAGCGAUCCAGGUUGCUAUCGAUGUGUUUCAUAAACGGGCUUUACAGCAGAGACACGUUGAAUUAAAUUCAAACAAAGAAUUAAAAGUAGAUUAA